GCGCGGGGCUCUCCCCCCGUGCCGCGCGUGGUCCGUGCGGGAGGGAGGCAGCUCGCAGCCGGUGGUACCCAAGGCUUUGUGCGGGCGGCUCCGCACGGCGCGCUCGGAGAUGCCCUAACGUCUGGCUCCCAGCCGCAGGCUUCACCUGGGCUCCUGGCACUGCCCGUCCGCGGCACCUCCCUGCUCCAUCCCUCCCCGGCCAGCAGCGGCACCGGCAGCGGCUCCGGCAGAGCCUGGGCCCGAGGCUCGGUGGCUCCCGACAGCCCAUCGCCGCCGCUCGUCAAGGACUCGGGGACCUUGGCUCGCCCCGUCCCGGGAAAGCAAGGCACCGGGACGGCCCCGAGGGAAACGCCGGCCACGGCUGACGGGUGACCCGAAGGGGACGCAGCCCAGCGCCCCGGCUCUCCCGCGGUCCCUCGCCGGCUGGGAGACACCCGGAGCGGGGACGCGACGCCGGGCAGCAGCACCGGACCCCGAGCAGCGCGGAGACGCGGCACCAGGCCAGGCUGGAGGGCACCCGGGUUAGCAUGACGGAGGUGGAGCCUGUGCUGGACUUCGCGUCCUCCGGGAGGACGGGCCGCCGCAACGCCCUGCCCGACAUCCUGGGCUCGCCGGCCGGCGUCAGCCCCUCCGACCUGCCCCUCAAGCUCGCCGAGAUGUCCCUCAACGCAGACAGGUCCCAGGAGAUGCAGUCGCCGUCGGCGGAGGUGCCCCCUCCGCAGCCCCAAAGCCCGGAGCUGAAGGACACGUCCUAACCCCCCGCCGCCGCCGCCAUGCACUUCUGGCCAGCGGGGCGAGGGGACGCUGCGGAGCAUCAGGCGAGCUUCGGCGGCCUGGAGUUGGCUGGGUUUUCCUUGGUGCCGUGCGGCACGGACAUCUCCCGUCCCCCGGAGGAGCGGAGCAAGGAGGGACCUGCGGUAACGGCGCGGGACUUCCCCAAGGACGGGGAGCUUUGCCCUGCGGGAGGAAACAUUUCUUCCGCGGCGGUGCCAGAACCAAACUGUGGGAUUUUGCUCCGGGGGGGGAUUUUCUUGGCUUCAUAGCAGCGGCGCCAAGCAGAGCUUGGGGCGCUACCGCGAGGAGCGGGAAGAGCAGCCCACGGGUACGUCUGUCUCAGCGUGUUGGUCACCGUGAUGUUUCGGGUACCGUGUCCAUGUCCUGUCCUUUCUCCAGUGGAUGAUCCAGGAUCCUUUUCGGGCUUUGGGGGGCACCACGUGCCGGGUCUGAACCAUCCCACCGUGCCCCCGACACACAAAAUGAGUCCGUGUCCUGCCCCACACUUGUGGGACCGUGUGAUGCUUGGGGUCCAGGAGGGAAACCAGCCUUCGCCAGCGGGACGAGGGACAGGGGCUCAGGCCAUGGCCGGGAGCGGAGCACCCCAGGGUGCUGCCUGCCUCGGGGGGAGCAGGGCUACGGCACCCCCCCACCGGGGCUGGGGUGCCGGGCAGCGGGAGCCCCCCCAAAGCCACCUCGCCAGCCUGGGCACCCAUCUGCAAGGAGCCGUUUCUGCCGCGGGGGCGAUGCCGGCGAUUUUGGAGGAUGCAACUAGGGCGAUGCCGCUUUGAACGUGCCGACGGGUCUCCCUGUGCCAGGGCCACCCACAGCACCCAAGCCGGCCCCGUCGCAGGAGCCCUGGGACCCACCACCACCUCCCCAGGGAAAACCCGGAGAGAGGAAACCAGCAGCAAACGAAGCAGCUGGGCCCUCCAAUGCGUCGCCCGGAUCCUCCUCCCGGGCGAGGCGUCUGCAGACUGGGCUGCUCCCGCUCGGAGCCUGGAGCUGGGCAGAGUCGAAGCGCGCUGUGCCGGCCCGGGGCUGUGACAGGACGGUCAACCUAUAGCUGUCGCUGUGGGACCGGCAAAUAAAUCCCAAACGCAGCCUCGCUGCUCUCCAGCAUCGUCUCGGCAGCUCUGGGCCAGAGCCCUAGCCGUGCCCAGGUCUGAGUGAGCCGCGAGGGGCUGCGCUCAGACCCACCGUGCGUUCCCGGCACUCCGGCAUCGGUGCCCAGCACAUCUCGGGAUCCUGCAUCUCCCUCGGAGCCUAAAUCUGUGUUAAAUCCCUGCGGGAAAUGGCUUUGCUUCCCCAGCGUGCCCGAGGCCGGCUCUGGCCCUCCUGAACCCUUGACCAAGGAUACGAGCCCAUCCCUUAACGUGGAAACCAGCUCCGUCUGGGGCGUAGUGUUGUGCAGUGUGUCCGUGUGUCCGUGUGUCCGUGUGUCCGUGUGCAUGGGUGGCCAGGUGCAUGCACAUCCCUGUGCACGGGCACCCGUGUGCAAGAGUGUUGGUGUGCGUGGACAUCCCCCUGCAUGGGUGCUCAUGUGCAUGGGUGUCCGUGCGCAUGAGUGUGCAUGGGGGUUCGUGUGUGUGGGCACCCAUGCACAUGUGCACCUGCGUGUGUGGGCACCCGUGUAUGAGGCUGUGUCCAAGGGUGUGCGUGGGCACCCAUGUAUGAGGAUGGGUGUCUCCGUCCAUGGGUGUUAGUGUGCGUGGGCACCCACGUACCUGGGUGCCUGUGUGCGUGGGUGUCCGUGCUUGCCAUGUGCAUGGGUGUUUGUGGGCAUGGGUGUUUGUGGGCGUGGGUGACCACGUGCAUGGGUGUUUGUGGGCAUGGGUGUUUGUGGGCGUGGGUGUUUGUGGGUGUGGGUGACCACGUGGAUGGGUGUCUGUGUGUGUGGGCAGCUGCGUGCAUGGGUGGAUGGGUGUCCAUGCUUGCCAUGUGCAUGGGUGCCAGUGGGUAUGGGUGACCAUGGGCAUGGGUGCCUGUGGGCAUGGGUGACCACGUGCAUGGUUGUCUGUGUGCAUGGGCAGCUGUGUGCAUGGGUGUGUGGGCGUCCGUGCUUGCCAUGUGCACGGGUGACCGUGUGCAUGGGUGACUCUGUGCAUGGGUGUUCGUGGGCGUGGGUGUUGGUGUGCAUGGGUGACAGUGGGCAUGGGUGUUUGUGGGCAUGGGUGCCUGUGGGCAUGGGUGACCACAUGCAUGGGUGACCACAUGCAUGGGUGUCCAUGCUUGCCAUGUGCAUGGGCGUUUGUGGGCAUGGGUGCCUGUGUGCCUGGGUGCCUGUGUGCAUGGGUGUUACUUGGCAUGGGUGCCUGUAUGCCUGGGUGACUGUGUGCAUGGGUAUCCACGUGUGUGGGCAGCUGUGUGCGUGGGUGUCCGUGCUUGCCAUGUGCAUGGGCGUUCGUGGGCACGGGUGACCACGUGCAUAGGUGACCAUGUGCAUGGGCGUUUGUGGGCAUGGGAGUCCGUGUGCAUGGGUGACCAUGUGCACGGGUGUCCGUGUGCAUGGGCAGCUGUGUGCAUGGGUGCACGUGUGCAUGGGUGUCUGUGCUUGCCAUGUGCGUGGGCAUUCAUGGGCAUGGGUGACCAUGGGCAUGGGUGUUUGUGGGCAUGGGUGCUUGUGGGCAUGGGUGCUUGUGUGCAUGGGUGUCCGUGUGCAUGGGCAGCUGUGUGCAUGGGUGCACGGGUGCAUGGGUGUCUGUGCUUGCCAUGUGUAUGGGCGUUCAUGGGCAUGGGUGACCAUGCACAUGGGUGUUUGUGGGCAUGGGUGCCUGUGUGCAUGGGUGACCAUGUGCAUGGACAUUCAUGGGCAUGGGUGACCAUGUGCAUAGGUGAGCAUGUGCAUGGGUGUUUGCGGGCAUGGGAGUGUGUGUGCAUGGGUGACCACAUGAAUGGGUGUCUGUGUGUGGGGGUAGCUGUGUGCAUGGGUGCCCGUGUGCAGGGUGUCCAUGUACAUGGGCACGUGUGUGCAUGGGUGUCCAUGUCUCCUGUCAUCCUGCCGGCUUGGGGGGUGGCAGCAAGCAAGCGCGGAGGCUGGGGACCCUGGUGUCUGGGCACGGCGCUGGCAGGAGAGGCGACAGCCCCCUGCCCCAUCCGUCCCGUCCUGGCCAUGCCCCAUCCCUGUCCCACGGCCCCGGGAGGGUCUGAGCGGGCGGCGUUAAAAGAGCACUAAGCAUUUUGGGCGGGGGGGGGGGUCCGCCCUGGCGCCCUGGGGACCUGUUUGGGUAAUAAACCGUGAGUAUUUUCCUGUGA